CGCCGUCAGGUGAUUGGCGGCGUGCGAAUGUCUGAGGCAACCACCUCGCCGUCGACGGACUUGGCAAUCUUGUCGCGAUGGGAAAGUCUGGAGACGAGUGAGUGGGUGCUGGGUGGCCGGAAGAGGUUGCGUGGCGAGGGAUCUCCUCCAUUACCACGGUUCGGGCCUUGCCGCCGGGGUUGACACCCAAGAUCAAUUUCAUCAUCCUCUAUUUUUAUCCUGGUAAGACAGUUGUGUUGCUAUAGAUGCCCGAAUGGGAUACGAGAAGCAACCAAAAGGAUGGAGAGUAUCACCAAACCUUCCGGCUGCCUCUAUAAGAAGGCGUCGUCGGCCUGGUUCCGGGCUGUCACUCUCUUCUAGAUCAUCCUCAUCAAUCACAGUCGCUUUCUCUUAUUUGUCAACAUACUAUAUACAACUUUGUUCAACAUCACCAACUAUGCGGCCUACGACCCUCUUCCUGCUGGCACUCUCUGGCUGCGCCCUGGCGCUGCCGGGAGGCUAUCACCAGACUUGGCCCAACGCCACGGUCACAACCAGCAGUACCAGUACUCACUCCACGGAGGAUCAUUCCAGCACCACCCACUCUACCAGGUCGAACACGGUCUCCCUGACUACUGAUCACUCUGGCGGAGGUUCCACGAUGGUAACGACGACAAAGGAUCAUCAUCCGACUACCACCGCUACAGAGAGCUCAAUGACGACGACGACAAAGGAGCAUCAUCCAAAUUCCACUACCACGGAGAAGUCGAUUAUGACGACGACAACAAAGGAGCAUCAUCAGACCACCACUGCCACAGGACAGUCCACAACCGAGACGAUAUUCACGACGGUUGAGGAGACUACCACCAUUACCGACACGAUCACCGCCACUACCUUUGUGCCCUGCUCGACGGCCGUCACCACCACACGUGGGAAGACCAUAUACAGCACCUGGCUGACCACCUCCGUCUACACGACAACCACCUGCUACACGACCGAGGUGCCUCACACCACUUGGAUUGCUCCUCCCCCGAAGACGACGACCACCACGAAGGCUGCUGCCCCUCACUCCACCGAAGAGACCGCCACUACGACCACCACUGCUCCGGUGGUUGUAGUGACCGCUGCCACGACCUGUCCGGCGGCUCUCACCGUGACUGAUAUCGCGACUGAUACCGUGACGGAUACCGUCACUGUGACUGCCUCCAGCCCUUGGGGCCCUACCGGAUGGACUGGAAACGGCGGUGGCCACUGUAGCAAGUGCGAGACCAUCACUUACACGGUCACCACGGGUGUCACCAAGACUUGGGUGCUGCCUCCUCCUGAGACCACCGCUACCGUCAUUACGACGGGCAAAGUGACAGAGACGACGACCACGAGCAAGGAAACAGAGAAGACAACGACCAAGUCGAAGCCGACGCAUACAGCCACAGAGACUACUACCACGAGCAAAGUCACCGAGACCACCACCAAGUCGCAGCCCAAGACAACUACCACCACCCACACCAAAACGCAGGGCACAGGCUCUCACCACACCCAGAGCCAGACCAGCGGAACAAGCAGUGACCAUACGACUUCCACUCGGACUGCGACAGGAACCGGCGGGGUAAAAGUUCCCAAAGGUCCGACCCACUGGCGCCUCUAAGGAAAUACUCCGUAGCGAUCAAUGGUCAUCCUUUGUUUCGUAUCGCUAGUCUCUACUGAACAUUUCUCGUUUACCCUUUGAACUUUGAAUAUAUCUUGAUGAUGUGGUGAAUGUUCUGCAAGAGUUGUUUUUUCUCCCUCAACUACUUCGAUGGACGCUCCUUAUGCUGCCAACUACUGAUGCCGAUAGGUAUAAUAUCCGCUCCUUAAUAUCUAACUACAUUUUUUGAAUAUAUGAACUAUAUUUUUCAAUGUCAUAUCAAAUUAGCUUUACCUAUGAAUUU